ACUUUACGCAGUUUAAUCAACAGAAUCGCGACUUCUCGGAUCGAAUCAAAUAGGCAUGAAGAAAGUUAUGUUUUUCUAGUGUUUCGCGGUCGGUUUUGGUCUCGAAAGAUUGUGUUUUUGGUGUAUUUGGUGCGGAGGUUGGGCUCAACAUUAGAGUGAUAUGGCAAGCGCAUCGAACGACUCAGUGAAACUCGAAAAGCACUUGAAACUCCUCAAGGAAGAGUACACAAAGUUGCAGAAGAACUAUGCCGAGCUGGAGCGGAAGUACAGCAAGGCGGCGGCCUCCAGCGAUGACCGCGAUCUCGGUGAGUUCAGCAGUUUCUGUUCACGCCUCGUGAUGACCGUGGCCACGCUGUACGGCCGCAAGACGUACUCGGACAUCACCGUAAAGCUGAAGGACAAAACCAUGCCGGCGCACAAGUUCGUCCUGAACGCACGCAGCGAAGAGUGGCGCGAGGAGGUCAUUGCGGACAAAGCCGAGCUGGACUGGUCCGAUCUGGACGCCGACGUCGGUUACGCCCUGCUACGGUGGAUCUACACCGACGUCGUAGACCUGCAGCACGAUUCCCUCGCGCUAGACCUCCUCAAGACCUCCCAUCGGUUCAAGCUGCCCGGGUUGAUGGGUUUGUGCGAGCGGGCCCUCGUGUCCUCGGUGUCCGUCCGGUCGUGCGUUCGGUUUUACUGUGUGGCCGAAGAGGUCGGUGCCGCGAACCUGCUCGAGUACUGCUCGGGAUUGAUUUCCACCCACUGGGAAGACCUGACGCCGCAGGACUUUGAGCACAUGUCCGGUCCGCUGCUGUACAAGAUGCUCAAGAGCAAAACGAAGCACCCGCUGCAUGCCGCGGUUCGGUUGCUGCGCGAGGACGUGGUGUUUCUGUGCUUGGUGGAGAACGACGGUUCGCUAUCGGAAAUUGUCAACAGCCUGUCUCCGCAAGGACAACUGCCGCUUGGGCUGGCUCUGAUGGGUCGCAGCGCCGCCAUCGCCCAAACCCUGCUGGAAACCGGUGGAGCCGACAUCAACGCGUUCACCUCGGAUGGAUGCACGCUGCUGAUCGAUUCCAUCAAGCGGGGCGAUGGCUACACGGCACAAUUCCUGCUCGACAAGGGCUGCAACGUGGACCUGGUGACGCGGGACACGUCCGAUACGGCGCUGCAUCUGGUGUGCACGUACGCCGAGCGGAGCACCGAUUCGGAAACGUUCCGCGACAUGCUGAGCAUCGGACGGCAGCUGCUGAAGCGUCGGGCCGAUCCGAACGUCCAGAACUAUAAGGGAUAUACCGCCCUCCACAUAGCGAUCGCCUCCCAGCACGUGGACAUGAUCGACGAGCUGCUCAGUGAUGGGGUUGCGAACCUGGACACCAACAUCCGUACGCUGGAAGAGAAAUGUGCCUUGCAGUUUGCACUGAUGCCACCGCACACCGACGGGCCACCGUUCGAUCUGGCGCGGCGCCUGCUCGAGAAGGGAGCCCGGCCAAACCCGAUCCACGCGGACAGUGGAGACAGUUUGCUGCACACGCUGGCCAAGCACCGGCUGGAAGAUGCCGCAAUUUUCUUGGCCGAGUACGCCAACCUAAACCACGUGAACAAAGCGGGGCUGACUCCGCUGCAUGUGGCGUCCGCUCAAGGACUUUCAAGCCUGGUCCGCACUCUGCUGGAAAAGGGCGCUUCGCCAAAUUUGCAAUCCGGCGUGGCGGAACUGAAAACGGCACUGCACUUUGCAGUCGAAUCGAACAACUCGGACGUAAUUAUGGCCUUCAUUGACUACAAAAACGCGGCAAGUGAACCCGCCGCGGAAACGAUGGAUUUCAACCUGAAGAACGCAAUGGGCGAUUCGCCCCUCAGUUUGGCCCUCUCGCUAGGUUACAACGAUCUAGUCCCACUACUUAUCAAGGGAGGUGCCGACGUCAACGCUCGAAACGGCCAAGACAUGACCCUACUUCACCAAGCCAUCCUGAAGGAAGAUUCCAAAACCGCCGUGUUCCUGAUCCAUCAAGGUGCCGACAUGAACGCCCUCACCGCAGACCAGGAAUCCCCGCUCCAACUGGCAAUCCACUGCCGUCUCCCGGACGUCGUGGACGCGCUCUGCAUCGGCGGAGUCUCCUUCAGCGCCCCCGACAACAAGGGCGACUGCCCCCUCUGGUCCGCGCUCCAGUCGGAACAGUUCGAAAUCGCGUCCGUUCUCGUGCGUCACGGCGUUGAUACCGACUGCUGGGGAUCCGGCCCGGAAGGUUGCCUCCAAACCCUCCUCCACCGGGCGAUCGACGAAAACAAAGAACAAGCGGCCCAAUUUCUCAUCCGAAGCGGGUGCGACCUGGACUCACCGCGCCAACCCGGUCCACAGGGCCAGGGCGGUGACGAAGCCAAGGACAAGGCGUCCCCGCUGCACCUGUGCUGCCAGUGGGGACUGCGCAACGUGCUGCACACCCUCAUCGAUCAUGGCGCCAACGUGAACGCGGUCGAUUGUGAUCUGAAAACGCCGCUGCAUAUCGCGAUCGAGAAUCAGCACGAGGAGAUAAUCGGGAUCUUGCUGUGUCAUCCGGGCAUCGAUCUGAAGAUUCGAGACAAGUCGGGCAAUACGCCGUUUGCGGCGGCGCUGCAGGUCAGAAACAACAAGGCCGCCCAAAACAUCCUCGAGCGCCUGCCGAACGCCGCCGAGCAGAUGGACCAGCGCGGUCGCAACUUUCUGCACCUGGCCAUCAUGCGGGACGACCUGGAAUCUGUCCUGUUCCUCCUUUCCAUCCACGUGGACGUAAACUCGCGCGUCCACGACGUCAACCAGACUCCUCCGCUGCAUCUGGCGGCCGCGUCCGAAAAAGAAAUGCUCAUUCGAAACCUCAUUCUGGCCGGUGCGCGUUUAAACGAUCGCGAUGCUACGCAGAAAACGGCUCUGCACAUUGCCGCGGAACGUGGUACGGUGGCGGCCGUUUCCGCACUGCUGCAGAACGGGGCCGAUUUCGACGCCGUUGAUGGUGAUGGAAACAACGCGUUGCACAUUGCCGUCCGCGAGGGUCACAUUUCGGUGGUUCGUGAGCUGCUGACCGAGUCCGAACUGAAUGCGGAGACGGUUAACUUGAAGGGACGCAAUCCGUUGCACGAGUUGUGUCGUUGCGGCAAGGACAAUACGGCGGCGGGAAUUCUCGAGUUGUUCCUCGAGUGCAUGCCAAAGUAUCCGAUCAACGCACCGGAUCUUCAGGGCAACACCCCGCUGCUGUUGGCGUACAUGCGAGGUCAGGCCACGCUGUGCCGCACCCUGGUCAAGCGAGGAGCCUGUUUGGGCGCGGAAAACAAGGAAGGGCUAACGAUUUUCAACUUUAAGCUAGCCACGAACCAGCUGCUGCAUCGACUGCUGGACGAACUGCCCCAGGAAUCUCCGUGGGCGACCUCCGAGCUGUGCCAGGAGUGCGGAACCAAGUUUACCAUCACGAUGCGAAAGCACCACUGCCGUCACUGUGGUCGAAUCCUGUGCAGCCGCUGCUCGAACAACGACGUUCCGAUCAUCAAGUUCGCCAUUAACAAACCGGUGCGCGUGUGCUGCGUCUGCUUCGAAGUGCUGCAGGUAGGCAGUGGGGGAGGAGUCGGUGGUGGUGGUGCCUAGAUCACCACCAAAAGAGGUACGACGAGAUAUUUUGUGGUCGCACGCACCACACUUGAUUGAAGCAAAACAAAAAAAAAGUUUACUAUUUCCUAACGAAAAACACGAGAAACGUACGAACAAGAAAGAGAUAUUUUUUUUCUAUUUUUUCAGCCCUUAUAUUAUUUUUGUGCGCCGUUUUUGGAACGCAGCGCCCGUGCAUGCUUUUUAUUAGUUUUGUUUAAGGCUCAUUUAUAGUACUGUUAGCAUAUAUAUUGAGAAAGGAAAACACAACGCUAACUCAAGUAUUUAUAACAAUUGUGAAACAAUUUUCCCAGAACCAUUCGAAUAUGUAACGCAAGCAAAAAAUAAGCAAAAA